CACGUCCAAACCAGACUCAAAGGGGGAAAAUAAAAAAUAUCAUCUCAUUUCCCUCAUUUCUGUGUUUUUUAAAAAAAGGCGUCCCUCGCGCGCCAGACACUUGUUUCCCCUUUCCGAUCGAAGCCCUAGUUUCAGGAGUACGGAAAAAGAAAGGAAAAAAUGCCGAGAGAAAUCAUAACACUGCAGGUGGGACAAUGCGGGAACCAGAUCGGGAUGGAGUUCUGGAAACAGCUCUGCCUCGAGCACGGCAUCAGCAAAGAAGGCAUUCUUGAAGAUUUCGCUACGCAGGGAGGUGACAGGAAAGAUGUCUUUUUCUACCAAGCUGACGAUCAGCAUUACAUACCACGAGCUUUACUCAUAGAUUUGGAACCUAGAGUAAUUAAUGGAAUUCAAAAUAGUGAAUAUCGGAAUCUCUACAAUCAUGAAAAUAUCUUUGUUUCUGAUCACGGUGGAGGUGCUGGGAACAACUGGGCCAGUGGAUAUCAUCAGGGAAAGGGUGUUGAAGAGGAUAUAAUGGACAUGAUUGACAGAGAAGCUGAUGGAAGUGAUAGCCUUGAGGGUUUUGUUCUAUGUCAUUCCAUUGCUGGAGGGACAGGCUCAGGUAUGGGUUCCUAUCUGUUGGAGACUCUGAAUGAUCGCUACAGCAAGAAGUUGGUCCAGACAUAUAGUGUAUUUCCUAACCAGAUGGAGACAAGUGAUGUGGUGGUCCAACCCUACAACUCACUUUUGACACUCAAGCGACUAACACUUAAUGCUGAUUGUGUUGUUGUUCUUGACAAUACCGCACUUAAUAGAAUUGCUGUAGAGCGUUUACAUCUAAGUAAUCCUACAUUUGUUCAAACAAAUUCUUUGGUCUCCACUGUGAUGUCUGCUAGCACAACUACACUGCGGUAUCCAGGAUAUAUGAACAAUGAUUUGGUUGGUCUUCUUGCCUCUUUAAUUCCAACACCAAGAUGCCAUUUUCUUAUGACAGGUUACACACCACUUACAGUGGAGCGCCAGGCUAAUGUGAUCCGGAAAACUACUGUUCUUGAUGUUAUGAGAAGACUUCUCCAGACAAAAAAUAUUAUGGUUUCCUCUUAUGCACGCACAAAAGAAGCUAGUCAAGCAAAGUAUAUCUCAAUACUAAAUAUCAUUCAAGGAGAAGUAGAUCCUACUCAGGUGCAUGAAAGUCUACAGAGGAUUCGUGAAAGAAAGCUUGUGAAUUUUAUUGAGUGGGGUCCUGCAAGCAUUCAGGUUGCUCUUUCUAGAAAGUCCCCAUAUGUCCAAACUGCUCAUAGGGUGAGUGGUCUUAUGCUAGCAAGUCAUACCAGUAUCCGACACCUCUUCAGCAAAUGUUUGAGCCAGUAUGAGAAGUUGAGAAAGAAGCAAGCAUUUCUUGACAAUUAUCGGAAGUUCCCUAUGUUUGCUGACAAUGAUCUGUCUGAAUUUGAUGAAUCAAGGGACAUAAUUGAAAGUUUGGUUGAUGAAUACAAGGCCUGUGAGUCACCAGAUUACAUCAAAUGGGGAAUGGAGGACCCUGACCACAGUUUAACUGGAGAAGGAAAUGGCUCAGGAACGCUGGAUCCAAAAUUGGCAGUGUGAACAAAAAGUUGGCCACAAUCAUGUUUUCUCUCUGGAUACCACAUUAAAAUUAGGAGCAUUCUGGAGGUUGGAUUGUAAAUAAUAAUAAAAAAAAUUCCAUCUGUAUCCGUACUUGAGUUAUUUUUGUAUUUAACAGAACAGACCGAAAAAAAAAAAAGGAGUUUGUUUUGUUUGGCGGAUUAUUGAGUGGCUUGUAAUUUGGUAAUUGGUUUGUGGGUUUUGAUCUAUCAACUUUGGGAUUUUUUUCAUAGUAGAAUUACACCUGCGCGGUCCAUUUUCCUUAAUCGGAUUGGACAUAUCUUUUA